UUCUUUUCCCGCGAGCCGUGCGUGCCCUAUUUCCCCGACCCCGAGCGGUUCCCCUUCUUCCUCUCUUCUCACUCGGCGCCGAUGCCCUUUCUUCGUUCUCCUCUCCUCUCGGCACCUUCUCUACCCGACGCUGCCGCCGGCCGAGUUCCUUCUUCCCGCACAAAGCAGUGCAGAGACAACCGCUCCUCCCCGCUGCACAUCGUGAUCCCGACUCCUCUGUGCCGGCACCUGAGCCCUAGCGCCGACCGCCGUCCCUUUGUGCCCUCGCAUCUCCGCCGACGCCGCCUCCUGAUUCCUCUCCCCUCCUCUAGUCCGACGAGUCAUCGCCGGCCCCUCUUCUGUACUGGUGCCCUAGCCACAGUCGACGCCGCUUGGAGAAGUGCCGACGGUCUUCUUCCCACUGCUGCCGAAGCCCUAACUUCUUCGCCAUCCGCCGCCGUCGAACGAAGAGUGUCGGCCACCCUUCCUCUGCCCUCGAGCCCGAGUCAUAUUGCCGAGCUCUUUCCCCUCCGUGCUGUCUGCCCUAGAUCGCCGGAAUUCAGAAGAUUAACCACCUACAGUGCAGCAACAGGGGAUCAUAUGAAAUUGUGGGAUCUGUUCUCGGCAGCAAAUUUGUCUCUGCUGUGGAUUAACAAUCAAGGCUGAGGAAUAAGGACUUUGACGCGAGACGAGUAUCUCGGAGUCAGAUUUGGACCAUUUUAUCGGAGGCGGGUA